UCGCGGGACGUAAUUUGGCGCUAAAACUGCGCUCCGUCGUUCCGGCUUGAUGUCAAAGAGGGAGCAGAUCCGCCGCCGCUGGAGUCCGGAGCUCAGCUCUACCGAGUCCACAUCCGAGGAAAACAAACAAACAAACAAGCAAACGAGCUGCAGUUUAAAGGUUUAUUCGCGUGUGAGUGGAAAUCAGCUGAAGCUGGGCGUUUAAAGGACAUUUAAAGUGCAUUUUAAAUGAAUCUCAGUUUCAUCUGCUCGCCUGCUGGAACAAAGGACCCCGGACUCCCAGACUUUUACUGUUCGAGAAAAUACUGAUUUCAUAUUUAUAAAUUCCUAUCGAUUCUGAUCUGCUCUUUUUUUAUUUAAAAAAAAAAAACACUUUAAACAAAACUCGAAAUAAAGUGCUGAAUCAUUGACUCAGUGGCACAGAAGCAGCUCGGAAGCUCACACACACACACUUGGGGGGUUUUUCCGCUUGCAGAAAUUUGCUGUGUGUGUGUGUGUGUGUGUGUGCGCGUGUGUGUGUGUGUUUUGUCGGUGAUCGGUGUGAAGAUGAUCCGGACACCCAGACGCGUGUCUCCGGCCUCGGCUCGGGCUCCAGUCGCGCUGUCGUGCCCGCAGAAGAAGCUUCUCUCCGCGGUCAGGGCAGAUGUGCUGAGCUCGGGGCUCGGGAGUCCGCCCAUCAGCUCGGUGCCGCUCGGCUACUUCACACAGCUCGGAAACACCCCGGCGAGCGAGCGGAGAACCGCAGACUGUCUGUACGCCACCCCGCACGGAGCACGAGCUCAGCAUGGCCGCCAGCCCUCUACCCGACUCCCGGCAAAGAGACGGUUGGAUUUGGAGGAUCCGCUCUACCACCCAGAUUUCCGCACACCCAAAGGAAAGGGGAACACGCCCUCGGCAAGACUCUCCAGCCCAAGGACACCGAAGUCUCCAGGCGAGCGAACACGAUACGACACCUCCCUCGGCCUGCUCACCAAGAAGUUUGUGGGGCUGCUGAGCGAGUCAGCAGACGGCGUUCUGGACCUGAACUGGGCCACUGAAGUGCUGGAGGUGCAGAAGAGGAGGAUCUACGACAUCACCAACGUGCUGGAGGGAGUUCAGCUCAUCCGCAAGAAAUCCAAAAACCACAUUCAGUGGCUGGUGACUGGAGUGUUUGAAGGCUCAGCGAGUGCUUCGGAGAGGACGAAUGCUCUGCAGAGAGAACUCGCUGAGUUGGACAGGAAGGAGAACGCUCUGGAUGACCUCAUCCAGUCCAGCACCAAUCAGCUGCGAGAGCUCACUGAAAACAAAGACAACCAACGAUUUGGAUAUGUGACAUAUCAGGACAUUCGGUCCAUAUCGAGUCUGCAGAAGCAGACGGUGAUUGCAGUCAAAGCUCCUUCCGAGACCAAGCUGGAGGUGCCAGAGGUAUCUGAGCAGGGGUCUAUGCAGAUCUACUUGAAGAGUAAAAACGGUGCUAUCGAGGUGUAUCUGUGUCCAGAGGAGGUGCUAGAGGAUGAAAGCCCUGUAAAGGGUGCCAUGAAGGACCACUCAUAUGGUAUCACACACACGACUCACUCCAACGCGCUGUCUCAUCCAAGCACGCCUAAACAGCAGCAUGGCCUAGAAGCUACACCAUCUAAACCCCAGGGCCUCAGUAACAGUAGCAGCUCCGCUCUAAUGGACGUAGAGGGCAUUCUGGGGCUUCCUCCAAGCCUGCUGCAGAUCACUGAAGAUCAGCUCCCGGGCACAGGUUUGACCUCUGACCCCUCAUUCGUCAGUUUCUCGCCCCCUCUCGACCAUGAUGACUACCUCUGGGGGCUGGAAGACGGAGAGGGGGUUUCGGACUUUUUCGAUAACUACGAUCUGGGGGAUCUACUGCAGAGCUGAGGCCCUGUGUGUGAAACGGUACAGUCCUCGUGUGAAGCAGAAGUUUUUAGCUGUGCGUAUGAUGGGACAGUCCUCAUUUUUAUUUUAAAUAUGGACAAAUUUUUUCCAAAUGUGACAAACCAAGGAAAGGAAAUGAGUCAUGAGCCAUUUUACCCAAAAUGUAUCACCUUAUGAGCUUUGUUUUUUUAGAAAUAGUGAUAUCAGGGUUUAAUUCAGAUCUAAAGCUUGAACACGGUUCAUUUGGGGAACGCCAAGGAUCUCAGAAACUGAGUAAUAACUCCAUGCUCGUGCUGAUACGCCCCCUAGACGAGCUAUCCAACCCCGUCUUUCACCCGCUCUCGAUUAGAAUAAUGUACAAUGUUUCAGAUGGGCAAAGGGAUAUCAUCAUCUGUAGGCUUUUAUGACAAAAUCUUAAUAUUUUAAUGAAAUUACACCAUGCUUCCCAAUCCUCCUUCUUCACAUUUUGUUGUGUUUUCUCUAAAACACCCAGUUUAACCCCAUAAAGUGCCUGUAAAUGCACAUAUUUGGUGUGUUAGAGCAGGAAAAACACUAAAAUGUGUGGUGGAAGUGGAAUAAGACUCAGGAUUGGGAAACGACAAACCUAAUCUGAGGAAUAGGUUUAAUUACACUAGAAAGCCAUCACUGAUUUGCUAUAGCUAUAGUUACUUAGCUAGCUAAUUAGUUAGCUCGUUGUAAUAGAUAUUUUCUUAUAAAGCAAAGAUAUUUUUGUACCUUGUAACGUAAUUUAGCCAAAAAGACACUGUAGGAAAUUUUAGUUAGUACAACUUUUUUUUUUACAGUGUUUCCUGUAGAUGAGCUGAAGAUGCAUUGUUUUCAUUGAUUUCAAUUUUAAACUAAAACUCAGGAAUUGUUUGAUGUUUUAUGAUGUCCAAAGCUAAGCAUUUGUACUGAAUUGUUUAUUUUUAUUUUUAUUUUAUUAUUAUUAUUAUUUUGCCACUAGAGGGCAGGAGUAGGCCAGUAUCACUCCGUCGUUCACAUAUUUCGUGUUGGUGCUUCUUAUAUACAGCAUGUUCUCAGAAAAAAAGGGUCCUAAACUAUAAAUUUUCUUGUCACUGGGGUGGUACUCUUAUCUUUUGGACCUUUAAUACAUACUUUUCACAUGGAAAGCUGGAUAUAGUGACGUAAAAAAAAGAUUUAAAGCAUAUAUUUGGACAGUACUUACUGUACACAAUACUUUAACUGUAUACUGUAUGCAGCAAAAGAUAUGUACUAAAGGUAUAAAAGGUUGAGGGUACCACCCCAGUGACAAGGAUUGGUACUUAGGGUACCAGCACCCUAUUUUCUGGGUAUAUAAAUGUAUGUUUGUAUGUAUAUCUGUAUAUAUAUACAUAUAUAUAUAUAUAUAUAUAUAUAUAUAUAUAUAUAUAUAUACAUAUACACAGAUAUACAUACAUACAUACAUACAUAUGACAACUUGUAUGUGUAUGUGUGUGUGUAUAUAUAUAAAACCGCCACUGAAGCCAGUAUUUCACCUCUGAAAAAAAAAAUGAAAAACCGUAGUGAGACAUGAAAUCUCACAAUCGUGCCUGUGAAGUCCAGAUCUAGCCUAAACCCAGAGCUAUGUAAUCCAGAAUAAUCCAGGCUAGCUCUCCAGCGCUAUUCUUGCUACCUCUCAGGUUUGACCUUGAAACAAGGUAACGUGAGUGUGUUACCAUUUAAACACAAAGGAUAUACAACGUUUUGGCAGCUAAGAGUUCAUCGACGUGAUCCUUUUGUAUUUGUUCUAUAAUUUCUGAUCGUUUUCUAUUAUUAUUUUUAUACACAAAUGUUCAUCAAUCCAUAAUUCUGGAUCAAACGAGAAAUCAGACUGUUCUGUUUAUAAUGGCUUGUGAAAGAAAAAAAGACACCAAUUUACUACUUAUUAUAAAUGCAGUCAAUCAGCCGAGACUAAGUUUCAGGCCUAAAUCAUCACACAUGCUUCGAGUGACAUUGUUAGGGAUGACUAUAAGCAAAUUGUGCAUAAUGAAAUAAAAUAUGAAAUAACAGAAAUACAUUUUUAAAUUUAUAAAUUGAUCAAUGAAGUGGGAUAUCUAUGAUAAAACAUUUGUCUAAUUGAUAUUUAUGUUUUUUUAAUUUAUGAAGUGAUGAUUGAUUUUUAACAUGCACUUAAAUAGUAUGUAUUGAUCAUAUUACUUUAUAAUGUCUCCUUAUUUUAUUUCUCACUAUAACACUUAUUUUACAGUAUAAUUUGAGUGUGUGAUGAUUUUGGCAUGCAGUUUAAAUUGGUUGUGACCAAUAAGGUCAAAACUUCAGUGCAAAAUUACACAUUUUGGCUGAUCUACAUUUAAUGCUAGUUUGAUUUUUCUCUGAAUUAUUCCUUUAAAAGAAUCUGUUUGGAAAUUAAUUACAUACUGCUUUACUGCAAGAACAACAAAGAUGAUUUUGUGUCUUAUUUCUGUGACACUGAUGUCUUGCCACACCUGCAGAACCAGAACUAGUCUAGUGUGUGCAGAUGAGCUAAGUCAUGGCUCAUUUUUAAACACUUUGUGAUUCAGCCUCGUCUCUUGCCGUGUGUUUAACACUGUUUUUAAAAGGAGACAGGCUGAAACAUUCUGUGACUCAUUUAAAGAAGUCUGAAAUUGUGCAUCAAAAAGUUUUAGCUUGAUACAUAAAUGCUGACAUGGGUGUGAUCUUAAGCUUUAUUUAAAAAUUCAACCUAAGACUGGAUUUUAUCUGUUGUGGUGAUUAAUAUUUCCAUAAUUUAUAUUACAAAACUGAAUUUCGUGAACAUUAUUGAUUCUCCAGUUUUAAAACUGAACCUAAGACUUGCCUAUGUAUGAAUGUUUAGCUGUUUUUUCCCCAGGGUUUCUCGUUUACUCGUCCCACAUGUGGGACUAACGUCCUGUCCUAACAAACUUGAAAAUUGUGUGCUUUUGAGCAUGUCUUUGUGUGUGUGUGUGUGUGUGUGUGUGUUUGCAUGAUGAGGUAUUAGGUAGCGAGUUUCAUUUAGUAGAGAAAUUGUUUAGUUGAAUUUUAUAGGGUUCUUUGUAAUAUACAUUAUAUUUGCUGUCAGUUGAAGAGAAUGAUUUUGUAUUUAUAUUGUAUUUUACAGAAAUAAUUGUUUUAGAGUAAUGUGUAAAUAAGCAUCUGUAAAAAGCAGGGAGCACUUAAUGUUUUGUGGUGUUUUUUAAUAAAUAAAACCCUGGUGUUAUGAUGAA